AUGAAAGACCCUAGAGGCGCCGUGCGUAUCGUGGAAGUAGGACCGCGGGACGGCCUACAAAAUAUCAAAGACCAUGUGCCCACGUCAGUAAAGAUAGAGUUAAUUCGACGACUCCGCGGCACGGGUCUUCAGUCCAUCGAGUUGACGUCGGUAGUCUCCCCUCGAGCGGUUCCGCAGUUAUCGGAUUGUCGAGAUGUGCUGCGCAUGGAAGAUAUUAAGUCACUGCGGAAGGAACCUAAUAUGCGUCUUCCAGUGUUAGUUCCCAAUAUGAAGGGUCUGGAUAUAGCACUCGAAUACGGUGUUAAGGAGGUUGCGGUCUUUAUCAGCGCUACAGAAGGGUUUAGUAAGGCCAACAUCAACUGCACCGUGGAGGAGGGCUUAGAAAGGGCGAGGAAUAUUGCAGAGAAGGCUACUAGCUGUGGCCUGGCUGUCAGGGGAUACGUAUCAUGUAUAUUCUCCGACCCUUUUGACGGCCCAACGGCGCCAUCCGCAGUCCUUCAUUGCGUGAGAGAGCUGCUCGAGAUGGGAUGUUAUGAGGUUAGCCUUGGAGACACACUAGGUGUCGGCUGCCCCGAUAAAGUAAGAAGCCUUUUGGUGUAUCUGGAGGAACAUGGCGUAUCUCUCGAUUUGCUGGCGGGCCAUUUCCACGAUACGUACGGCCAGGCUGUAGCCAACACUUGGGAAGCAUAUAACUGUGGGCUUCGUGUGUUUGAUAGCAGUAUCAGCGGCCUGGGAGGUUGCCCUUACGCACCGGGCGCCAAGGGCAAUGUUGCCACGGAAGACCUAGUUUAUAUGUUUCACAAUGCGGGGAUUGCCACUGGCCUUGAUAUGCUCAAGCUGGUGGAAACCGGUCUGUGGAUAUCCACAAGACUGUCAAGAGAGAAUGCAAGUCGGGCUGGAAUAGCGCUCGCGAACACACACGGACUAGUGUGUCCACCGCGACAGACGGACCACACACCGGCCAAGGCAGCAACUUGGUCCCCAGUGAACACCAAGGGCAGGCUACUGACAUAUCGCUCGGGUGGCAAUUUUAAGAUUGUACUCAAUCGACCGAAAAGGGGCAACACAUUCACGCAGAAGAUGGUCGCCGACCUUAUAGCUAUUAUCGCAAGUUGCAACAAGGACCCUUCCCUCUUGAACAUUAUCAUCACUGCAACCGGGGGAUACUUCUGCAUGGGAGUGGAAAUUGGAAAGACUAUGCCAUUCAUUGCUCAGGGUGCUUCAAGAAAUCCCCAGGCAAAACAUCUUGCUGCCUUACUGGAAUUGAUGAAACGCUCACCCAAAACGACAGUUGCAUGCAUAAAUGGUCACGCCUUUGGUGGCGGUGUCGAGUUAGCACUUGCUUGUGAUGUCAGGGUUAGCCUUAGGGCAGCAACAUUGACAUUUACCGAGGCGACAUUUAAACAGGCCAGGAAUUCUAGCUCGAAGUGGAAGAGCGCUUUUAUACGCAACGCAGUUUUCUCCACUCAUUCCACCACGGCGGAAAAUCUCAAGUCACUAGGGCUGGUAUCUGAAAUUGUGGAAGACCAGGGACAACUACGGGCCGGCCUUGAUGAUUUGCUCAUACGCCUGAACAACUCCAGACCUGCUAAACCACGGGUGUCCAAGGAGCUUUCAUGGUCGACGAGGGCGAAUGCGGGAUGGGAUGCACAGGUUGAUACUCUUGAUGCGACUUUUUUCAAAACGAUGAAGCUUGAUGUCGGCCAAGGCGACAUGAAAGCGUCCUACAGCGGACGUAGAGAUGAUUUGAAACGUGCAUUGAAGAGCGUUUGGGGACAAGGUCGCCGAUGGAGAGAGGGAGCGGCCGUAUGA